AUGUCACUUAACUUUGUGGCUGCUCGGACACGUUAUACUUUUCACCUCGAUAACAAUUUACUUUACAGGUACGAUGUAGUUUACAUUAACCUAUCGAGUAUACCAGACUGGUUCUACGAAAAAAGUCCAUUGGGUAAAGUUCCUGCUCUAGAAGUCGAGAGUGGAGAUGUCAUUUAUGAGAGCUUAAUAAUUGCCGAUUACUUAGAAGACAUAUGGACGACACAUCCGUUAUAUCCUAGGGAUCCCCUUCAGAAGGCAAAAGAUCGCAUUUUAGUUGACCAAUUUAACAAGGUAAUAAACGCCAUGUUCAAACUAAUCCUAAAUACAAAUCGAAGUUACAUAGAGGAUUACAGGAGUAUAAUAGUCGAAGGGCUCGCUUCGUUCGAGAACGAAUUAAAAAGACGAGAGGGACCUUUCUUUAGCGGCCAUAAACCUGGAAUGUUAGAUUAUAUGAUUUGGCCGUGGUGCGAACGAGCCGAUUUAUUGAAACUAUUCGGCAGCCAUUUCACAAUCAAACCCGAUUACUAUAAAAAAUUGAUGGAGUGGCGUACCUUAAUGCGUGAUGAUCCGGCUGUGAAAAAAAGCUACAUCGAUAGUGCCACUCACAUAAGAUACGUUCAGUCUUAUCGUGCAGGUGUUCCGGACUAUGAUAUGGUUAUUUCUGUGUAAAUGAUUGUUGCUACUGCGUGGUUAUUUCUUCCUGUAAUAAAUUCAGAUUCUGGCACUAAUUAAGCACAAAAUAUAUUUAUUUAAAUGUUUGUUACUGAUACUAUUAAACUGUAAGAUGCGCCUUAUAUUUAGAUAUAUAGUUUAUGUAUAGGUGUAUGGUAUACUAACACUAAUGUGCAUUUAUUUUGUAUAGAAUAUGUAAUUUUAAUAAAUUUUGCACCUGAAAAGGUAACUAUUUUCUGA